AAAAAAAAAAAUUUAAACAGGUAGCAAAUGUGAAGCGUGGUGUUUUUAGUGGUAGCAAAUGUGAAAAUUUCCUAAAUUAAAUAUUGGACACAACUAUUAUUAAGUAUAUAUGAUUAAUAUGAAUACAAAUUUAUCUAUGUAAUUAUUUUUACAUCAUCUAUUUUAUUUAUUAAUUAAAUUGGAAAAACAUUUUGGCCCUAUAUUGACUCUACUCAAUAAGGGUCUUGUUCAUUAUAGACCAUGUCCAUUAAAAGCCCUCUAAGCUUAAAUAUGACCUUAUUAUUAUCAGAAUACCCUACCCAGUAUCAUCUCUCAGCUGAAAAAUUAAGGGGUAUGAGUGUAUGAUUCUUUUAUGUCUUUUACAUGUCCCUGUAGACCAAAAGAAUAUUCUAAACCAUCAAUAUAAAUUACGAAGUAUAUAAUUAUGUAUACUCGGCUACAAUACAUAUUUAGAAACACAAGAACAAUAGUCUUGACGUUUCUUCAUUUUGCUCUAUCAAUGAAGAAGCAAUAAGAUUAAAUAAACAAAGCAAAACAAGAUAGAAGUUUCCUUUUCAAGGAAGGUGUUGAAGAUUUAUCCAACCAUUAUUGAGUGAAUAGACUAGUUUUUUUAAAAAAAAAAAAUAAAUAAAAAAUAAAAACCAGGCUAGUUUAUUGUAAAUCACAGGUCAUUUAAGACUAAAGAAUAUUCUAAAGACAUUGCAACAUAAGUCAAGACAUCUAAGUUGUACCAUACUUGGAGAGUUUAUAUUAAUCAAAGAUACAAGUAUGAAUUAAAGACAAAUUAGUAUGGUGGCCCUUGAUUAUAUUGGCCUACUUUUUUGGCAUUGACCAUUGUUGACCUGCUUUAGCCUGGCUAAUGGCUAUUCUGACCCGCUAAAGGCAGCUUGCUUAUGACCCGACAUACUAUUGACCCGAUAACUAUGUCUACCAACGAGAGUGUUAAGUUCACAUAUACUAGUCAAAGAUAUUUGCAAGUAAUACAUAUAGUCGCCUUGAGCCCACUUGUUCACUCCACUUCCACGCUCCACCUUGUGUCAUUGAAGCUAAAUCAAUUAUUUCCCUGCUCUCUGUCAUCUAUGUUACCAAUGAGCUGAAAAAUAAUCUAAAGAUAAUGGAAGCUCUUUAUAUUGAAGCAGCAAAGGCAAUAACUAAGCUGGUGAUUACGCGUCCUGUAGAGCAGGCAAAGCUAGCUUGGGGAAUCAAGCAGCAGUUACAGAAGCUUAAAGAUGAAUUCACAUACAUCCAAGCUUUUCUUCAAGACAAUGAGAGGUUGAAUCAAAGACAUAGAGGAGAUAGCCAAAUUGUGAAUGCUUGGCUCAGGAAAGUCAUGAAUAUUGCUUACCUAGCUGAUGAUGUAAUGGAUGAUUAUGUCUAUGAAAUCCUCCGCCGGAGAUCAAUUUCAUGGGAAUUAAAGUACAGCAACAACAAUUUUAAAUCAGGAAGGAAGCUAUUAGCUCUCAUAAAGCUCAAGAAGCGAUCAUUCAAGAAGAAGUGUCACAACUACUCAACUCUCUCUGAUUCUAAUCCUUUAGCCUUCCGCUUUAGAAUGUCUAGCAAGGUCAAGAGUGUUCUUAGGUCCUUUGAUGACUUAUACAAGGAUGCUAAAAGACUCGGUAUUAGGCCAGCAGAGAUAGCAGAUGAUGAUCUACGAGGAGCUAGCUACAAAGGGAUAAUGAAGAGAAACACUGACAACAGCUUGGAUGAAGUUCGAGAAUUAGCAGUUGCACAUAGGCUAGAAUUUGUAGGGAGGCAACAUGAUCUAAAGGAGCUCACAGAUGUUCUUUGUGAUCAUAGCAACAACGACGAUGUCUUGACCAUAGCCAUUGUUGGUAUGGGAGGUCUAGGAAAAACAACAUUGGCAAGACAAUUGUAUGAAAACGAAGCAGUUGCCGAGCACUUUACAGAAAGAUUUUGGAUCUGCAUAUCUGAUACCUUCAAUGUGAAGAGGGUAUUGUGUGUGAUGUUCGAAAAGCUUACAGGAGGGAAAUGUCAGCUGUCAAAUACAGAAGACAUUAUAGAAAGGGUUCAACAGCUUGUCAGAGGUAGACGAUACUUACUUGUGCUUGAUGAUGUAUGGGAUCAAAAUCAAACCAAAUGGAAUUCUUUCAAGAACUCCUUGCGAAGAAUAGGAGGUACCACAGGAAGCAUGAUUAUAGUUACAACUCGCAACAAAGACGUUGCAAAAACAGCAGAGAGCCAACAUAUUCACCAGCUAACAGGAUUAUCUGAUGAUGAAAGCUGGGCCUUCUUUGUGCAGAAGGCUUUCCCAAAAGGAAUACCAACAUCUCACCCAGGACUUGAGGAAAUUGGGAGAAAGAUUGUGAAAAAAUGCAAGGGAUUACCAUUAGCAAUUGAUGUGAUAGGAGGCUUAUUACGAAUGAAGGAAGAUCCAAGUGAGUGGAGAUCUAUUGAGAAGAGCACAAUGUGGAGUCUUCCAGAAGAGAACAAUAAUAUUCUACCUUCCUUAAUGUUGAGUUUUAAUAACUUGCCAUCUACCUCUUUAAAACAAUGUUUUGCUUACUGUGCAAUAUUUCCAAAGGAAGUCCUCAUUGACCAAGAAGAUUUAAUCAAUCUCUGGAAUGCUCAGGGUUUCCUUCAUUGUCAAUCAGAAGGAGGAAAUUUGACACCCGAGGAACUUGGAAGAAAAUAUGUUGAUAUAUUGUUAAGCAGUUCACUUAUACAAGCAGCAACACGGUGUUCUAUAGAUGGUGAUGUAACACAAUAUCGUAUGCAUUACUUGGUGCAUGAUAUGGCUCUUUACAUCUCUAGACACGAUUGGGUGAUCUGGAAGGGGGUAGACACGGUUGGUAAUCCUUCUAGUGGUCGGCAUCUAGCCAUAUUUCCUGAAGAUAAUGACAUAGCCUCAGAAUCUCCAGUAGAAGAUAUGAUAUGGUUAAGGGACUUACGGACACUACAUUCUACUAUUAGGUUGCCCAUGGAUCUAUUGGCACAUGCCAAACACUUGCGUGUCCUAAAAUUAGCUGCAACUGGUCUAAAGAAAGUACCUCCGGCAAUUGGCAGGCUCAGUCAUUUAAGAUACGUAGACCUAUCACAUAAUUCAAUAGUUAUGCUUCCAGAAUCAAUUACAAGCCUCUACCAUCUGCAAACAUUCAGGCUUUUCAGUUACAAGCUCAGGGAAUUACCUCAAAAGUUGUAUAGGUUAGUCAACUUAAGACACCUAGAUCUUACAUCACGUUCAUGGUGCCUACCUAGAGGGAUUGAACGGUUAAGUGCACUCCAGACUCUACCGAUGCUAGAGUUGAAUGAAGGCUUCGGAUGGGAAAUUGGUGAAUUGGGAGUUUUAAAUGACAUUCAUGGCCUCUUAUCUAUCUCUGGACUUGAACAUGUGAAGAGUAAGGGAGAAGCUGAAAAGGCGGGCAUACACAAAAAAAAGGGCAUUUCAGAGCUGCAACUAAUUUGGGGAUGGGGAAGGGCAAGCAAUCACUUAGAAGUAUUAGAUGCUCUCCAGCCGCCUCCAAAUUUAAAACUGCUCAUGAUAACAGGUUAUGAUGGUCCAAAUUUUCCUUCAUGGAUGAGGAGUAUGAUGACUUUUGGUGAGGCUGGUACUUCAAGACCAUUUUCUAAUCUAGUGCAUAUUGAGUUAUUAUAUUGCAGAAGCUGUCAGCAACUCCCUGCGCUUGGGCAACUACCAUGCCUAAGGGAUCUGUCUAUGUACUCUUUAUGGUCUAUCACGUCUAUUGGGGAUGAAUUUUAUCAUUCUAGUAAUGAUAUUGAGGAGCUAGCACCAAUUGUAUUUCCAGCCUUGAAAAAGCUAAAUAUACUUUGCUUUGAAAACUUAACGAAAUGGAAUCCCCCACCAAGUGGUGUGCUGGGAAUAGAGACUAGUCUAGUACCACUAGCUACAUCAGCCUUUCCCUUGCUUGAAAUGCUAAGGAUUGAGCUAUGUGACAAACUGGUCCAAACUCCUACCAGCUUCCCUUCCCUCAGGCAUUUGCAGGUUGACAAUAGUCUUAGAGGCCAAGCAUUGUACAAUGUUAUAAGUGAAAGUAGUAGUGCACUUACCUCAGUCAAUAUCAAUGAGGCGCCAGAGCUAUCCAGACUUCCUGAUCAGCUGAUUGAUUGCACCAGCCUUGAAGAAUUGGUUUUACGUUGUUGUUCUGAUCUACAAUCUUUGCCCAUUGGACUAGGAACCCGGCUUACUUCCCUACUUCGUUUGUCCAUUGUUGAGUGUCCAGAACUGAGAGAGAUCCCGGCCAGCAUGGGGGAUUGCUCCUCUUUGAAGAAGUUACACAUACGCGAUUGUCAUAAUUUAGAAGAUAUACCAGAUUUUAGCCAGUUGAUUCAUAUUGAGGAAAUAGAGAUAAAUGGAUGCAAAAAGUUGGCUUGCCUGCCAAACGGGCUUCAAGUCCUUCCCUACCUCAGCUCUUUAUCCAUUGGAGGGUUUCAGUCCCUGGAAAUUGAAUCGACAAAAUCAACUCAACUUCUGUUCCCAGCACUCAAACUGUUGAGGAUUAUGAAUGAUGAGUGUGUAGAGCAAGUACCAGAAUGGAUUGGGAAUCUCUCAUUACUGCAGAAAUUGGAGCUGAAGUGUUGCGAGAAUUUGAUUCGUUUACCUUCACAUGAUGUCAUCCAGCGAAUGACCAGACUGACAGCACUUGUUAUAAAAUCAUGCCCACUUUUACAGGAAAGAUGUGCAAAGGAGGACGGUCCUGAGUGGGGAAAAAUCUCUCACAUUCGCUUCAUUCAAGUCAAUUCACAGACAGUCCAAGAAAUAUCUGCAUAAGCUUGAUACUCCUUGAGUCCUCCUGAGAUCAGAAAUCAGACAUGGUAUCUGAAUUUAGAUCAUUCUCACAAACACGCAGGCUCGCAGCAGCUUUUGAUGUAAGUAAUAUGCUUCAUGAUUUCCCUAUAUAUGUGCAAACUUAUUUCAUGAUAGAUUAGAUACCAAAAUCAAAGUGUUGAUCAUUUGCAUACUAUAUGUAUGAAUGAUCCUACUUGAUCAACAAGUCCAGCAUUGCUCAACAAAUAUUUUUCCUGUGUGCUACUACAGACUAGCAUGAAGACAGUUUGGAGAUUGUACUUGCAGAACAAAAACCCUCUUUUUUUUUAUCUUUUUGUUCUCUUUUUUUUUUUUUUUUUUUUUUUUUUUGCAGUAGUGGAAUAAGAAAGGUUAUCAUUCAUUGGAUAUGAUGUGAUUCAUAUGAACAAGAUUGUUAUGUCAGACAAACAAGUGAACAGCAA